UCGCUCUGAAAAUCAAUUUCACACUGAACAAACCAGUCGGCACUCGUUUGCAGGGUUCUUAUUAAAGAUGAUCUAUUGUUUAUUUAUUCUCGUACUCUUGGUUCUAGGUAACAAUGAAUGCAAAAAGUCGAAGAAAAAAAUUGGAAAACUGGGUCUGAUAGAAGGAGUCAGAUGUUUGGACGAGUUUCAGUCUAUCUGUAACGCACCAUAUUGCAAGGCACAAUGUCUAGGGUACCAAGGAAAAGCGUUGUGCUACGGGCCGUACUGUUCAGCUGGGACAAGGGGUGAAAGCUCUAAAUCAAUGUGUGACGGCGGAGAAUGCAACGCUGUGUGCUUCGAGAAGAAAUGCAAUUCAGAGUGUAACGGCGGAAUAUGUAAAUCUGUUUGCGAAGGCGAGGUUUGCAAUUCAACGUGUUCGGGCGGUGUUUGUUCUUCAAUAUGUGAAGGGAGCCUGUGUCAGUCAAAGUGUGAAGGUGGAUUUUGUGUAUCUGACACAAGAGGGGAUAAUACUAUAUCCGGGUGCAGAGGUGGGACUUGUAAUGCGGAAGCUAAAGGAAAUUAUUCGAUUGCUUCCUGCGAAGGAAAUAUAUGUCAAGCGAAAUGUAAAGGCACCCAUUGUAAUGCUAUGUGUACUGGAAAGUCUUGCAUGGCAAAGUGCUCAGGAAACAAUUGCACAACAUCUUGUGAUGGGUUAUACUGCAUCCACAAGUCCUACAACUCACCAGACCUCAUGAUGCAAUACCCAUCUCUACGGGCCCCAGUCGUGAAAAUGGAACUCACUUUCGAAGUUGACGAAUAAACGACAAUAUAUAUAUAU